AUGUCGACCCCUCCCAUCAAGAAAGCGUGUGAUGCUUGUCAUCGACGGAAAGUACGAUGUUCUGGAGGCCAGCCUUGUCGCACCUGUGGCCAGACCAAUCUUGAAUGCACCUAUCUCGCGGUGCCUCAGAAGAAAGGUCCGAAGGGGAAUCGGUCCAAAGUCCUCUCACAGCUCCGCAAUGCGCAGAGGAAGAAGCAGCCGCCUCUUUCGCAAACUUCUCUUUCUGAUGCCACUCCCCAGCAGUCGCCGAGUCUGGAGGCCAGGCCUUCUCUCGGCUUCAGCAGACCAACACCACCAACUCCGUCCCGGUCGCUCAAUGCCGCGCUUCUCAGCAGGCAGACGAUCGAGAACUGUGUUGACUUUUACUUCUCUAACAUGUCUACAACGACGUCAAUCCUCAACCGGCAUCAAUUGUUGGACGCAAUCAGCUCCCGGAUAGCCACUGACGCUGAAGUGUACUGUCUCGCGGGAUCCCUGUGUGCCUUUGUCAUGGUCCAACCGGGCAUGAGCUUCGCCGUUGCUCCAGGGAGCCAUUACGAAGGUGAGCCUCCCGAAAACCGCUAUGGCUAUGCCCAUAUGCUUCUGGAUGACGUCCUCCGAGUGCGAAAGUCCAUCGACUACGUCGAGUUUCCUACUUUGAGCAUCGUCCAGACCUCAUUUUUCUUGUUUAGCUGCUAUUUCACCCUGGAAAAACAGAACACGUGCUGGUUUCAUUUGCGUGAAGCCGCCACUUUGGCCCAGCUUAUGGGUAUGCACGACGAGUCAUCGUAUCUCGUCGGUGACCCUGCUGAAAGCACGUAUAAGCGAUGCACGUAUUGGUUACUUCUCGUCACCGAAAGAGCAUAUGCGAUGGAACGACACCGUCCUCUUAGUCUGCAUCCGACCAUUGAAUUGCCAUUGGCGAACGACGCGCACGAGGAAGCAUCGAUGUCUGGCUUUCUCUGCUUGAUCAACCUGUUCCGCUGCAUAGAUGACGAGUUCAUGGUUCUCUGGAACAAGGUGAAGAGCAAAUGCUCCGACACCUGGCUUUCACAGCUCCAGCGACAGGUCACAGACGCGAUACCACCGGGAUUGAAGACCGCAGAAAGCCAAUUGGCCGAUGUGCGAGUCACCUUACAUUGGAUACGCAUCAUGAUCUGGCAGCUUUCCAUCACCAAUGGCUGUCUCUCGUCGUCGUCCGAGGAUCCCGCCUUGACAUUCAAAUACCCCAUAAAAGUCGCCAGGGACUUGAUCCAGGACAUCUCGACCAUCUCCUUGGAUGCGAUGGAGGUCCAUGGCGUUGGAUUGAUUGAAAAGCUGUUCGACAUAGCCUGUACGCUCACGGACGUAGUCUCGUAUGUGCCGCUCAUGCCUUCAGAGUUAUCGAACUCAAGCAACGAGACGCCCUUCGAGGAUCUGAACAAGCUUCUUGCACUCAUUUCCCAACUCCGGGGCGGUGCCUCGAGGUACUACCCGUUGCUUCUCGUAAAGGUCUCGGAGACGUUACCAAAUCUUUCUUCUGUCGCACCAAUGGACCUCGAUCCGAGGCAGCUGAGCAUCAAACAAGGCUAUGCUGGCGCGAGCGACCACAUUCCUACGCCGGAACCAACGCAACUGCGAGGGAUCAAAUUUCCACGCUCGAAUGAGCACCAGGCUCCCCCAUAG